AUGGCUGAAGUGCCAAGAGGGGUGAAAAAUUCGAAAAUAACCACAAAAUUUGAUGGAGAAGUUGGAGAAUCGACAACUGAAUAUAUUGCUCGUUAUUUGGUCGAGAUUGGGAACCUAGCUAAUGAUGAAAACUUGAAAAUGAAAUUUUUUCCUUCGUCAUUGACGAAGAACGCAUUUACUUGGUUUUCGAAUCUUAGACCAAAUUCGAUUACAACAUGGAAUCAGUUGGAAACUGCUUUUCACGCUCAGAUUUAUCGAGGGAAAAUGAACGUAGCAGUUACUGAUCUAGUAGCUUUGAAAUGUGAAGAUGGUGAAACCAUCGACGAUUAUUUAAUACAUUUCAAAAAUGCUAGAAGUAGAUGCUAUGUGACGUUACCUGAAAGUGAGAUAGUUCCGCAGACUGAGCUUAUGAAAAAGGAGAAAGAAAAACAUAGGAUUGAACAAAGGUCAAAGAAUAAACCGUUUACUCGAAAAGAAAAAGUUGCCUAUGUAACCAUGGAAUCCUCAGAAGAGGAAUUCGAUUUCGAAACGGAAGUCAAUCUGGCUGAACUUAAAAAAGGUCCUCCAUAUGUUUGCUCUUUGCUGAAAAAACUUCCUGGUAGUGAAAAGUCGAAUAAUUCAAAACUUAAAAGUGAAAAGAAAUAUAGUUUUGAUAUCUCGAAAUCUGAUUAG